GGGUCGAUCGGCUGGAGUUCUUCGACGCCGUGACACGCAUCCCUUUCAACAACUUUCCGCGCCGCACUUCAACAACCUAACAACCAGCUCGCCCCGCUCGCUACGUUUUCGCCGAAGAUGGAAUUCGACGUCCCUCCUCCGGCCGCGGACACGCCGCCGAAGCAGCUCUCGACAUCGCCGUCGCAAAAAUCCGUGACCCCGUCCACGCAGGGUGGAACCACGACAACCACCACGGCGACGGGACAUGUGAGCUUCAGGAGGCAGCGAGCCUCGAGAGCAUGCGAGACUUGCCAUGCCCGCAAAGUCCGCUGCGAUGCCGCCAGCCUCGGUGUGCCGUGUACCAAUUGCGUCGCGUUCCAGAUAGAAUGUCGCAUCCCGACGCCGAAACGGAAGAAGGCACCUCCCGUCGGUUCAUCGACUCGAGAUUCUGACAGCGAGCGCGGAGAACACGACGAACGGUCCCCUCUUCCGCCCGGCAGCACCACGUUCCCGAGCGGGACUCGACCUCCAGCUGUUUAUCACACCCAGGCAGGCACCCCAUCGACUGCCAACACGGAGGCCGAGCAGCAAAAAAAGGAGGAGUUUGAUAAUGCAACGCUGGCCAACUACAUGGACCUCGUCAUGAAGCCGAAAUUCACGAGGGCACCCAUCACCGAAGCCGGGAGGGUAGCCUACUUGGGCGAGUCGUCCAACCUCACCCUCCUGGUCCACGACCGCCAGAGCGACGGAGACGUGGUGCACUACCCGUUGCCGGAGAACAUCAGGGGCACGAGAGCGCGGUUGACCGACUUGGACAAGAUCGAGAUCGACAUUCUCCACCAGCGAGGCGCCUUUCUGCUGCCCCCAAGGGCUCUCUGCGACGAGCUGGUCGAGUCCUACUUCACUUGGGUCCACCCGAUCGUCCCAGUCGUCAACAGGACAAAGUUCAUGCGCCGAUAUAGGGACCCGAAGAACCCUCCGUCGUUGCUGCUACUGCAGGCCAUGCUGCUGGCCGGCUGUCGCGUCUGCACCAACCCGCAACUGAUGGAUGCAAACGGCUCGUCAACGCCUGCUGCGUUGACCUUCUACAAGAGAGCAAAGGCACUAUACGAUGCGAACUAUGAGGACGACCGAGUGACCAUCGUGCAGUCUCUCUUGCUGAUGGGUUGGUAUUGGGAGGGCCCCGAGGAUGUCACCAAGAACGUGUUUUACUGGACCCGUGUCGCCACCAUCGUGGCGCAAGGUUCGGGGAUGCAUCGUUCCGUGGAAGGAUCACAACUGAGCAAGUCGGACAAGCGGCUAUGGAAGCGGAUCUGGUGGUCUCUAUUCACGAGGGACCGGUCCGUGGCCGUGGCCCUCGGCCGGCCGUGCCACAUCAAUCUCGAUGACUCGGACGUGGAGAUGUUGACCGAGGACGAUUUCAUCGAAGAUGAACCCGACCAGCCCAGCGAAUAUCCACCUGACCCGGUCCACGUGCAGUUCUUCCUGCAGUAUGUCAAGCUGUGCGAGAUCAUGGGGAUCGUGCUCUCGCAGCAGUAUUCCGUCGCAGCGAAGGGGCGCCGGCAGAACUCAAUUGAUCUAACACACAGCGACAUGGCGCUCGCCGACUGGCUCCGGAAUUGCCCCAAGCUGGUGUACUGGGAGAUGCCGAAGCACCACUUCUGGUCUGCUCUGCUCCAUUCGAACUACUACACCACCCUUUGCUUGCUGCAUCGGGCGCAUAUGCCGCCGAGUGGCUCCCACCGGUUCUCGGAUGAGUCCGCGUAUCCAUCGCGAAAUAUCGCCUUCCAGGCGGCCGCCAUGAUUACGUCCAUCAUCGAGAACCUUUCUGCGCGCGGUGAGCUGCGGUAUUGUCCCGCUUUCGUCGUGUACAGCUUGUUUUCGGCCCUCAUCAUGCACGUCUAUCAGAUGCGAUCGCCGGUGCCAUCCAUCCAGCAGGUGACGCAGGAUCGGAUACGGACCUGCAUGACCGCCCUGAAGGACGUCUCCAAGGUCUGGCUUGUCGGUAAGAUGGUGCACACGCUGUUCGAGUCCAUCCUCGGCAACAAGGUACUCGAGGAGAGGCUUCAGAAGGCGGCGGGCAAGAGACACCACAAGGCACAACAAAGCCUAGCACGUCUUGAGAAUCAACAGCAACAGCAACAACAGCAGCAGCAGCAACGCUACGGGCAAGAGCAGAAGCGAAAGUACGAUGAGAUGGCCAUCGACUUCAGCGUGAGCACUCCCCAGCCGCCAGAGUCGUAUGAACGCUCAAGACCGCAGACUCCGAGCCUCAUGGCUAAGAACGAGCCGGCGUCUGGCGCCAUGGCGCCUCCCACUCACGUGUCGCCACAUGCUCGCAACGGUGACACAUUCAUGGGGGGAACGGCGUCGCGACCCCAGACGCGACCAGCAACUCCGUUUAACCCGUCCUUCUCGGUGCCGGCUACUCCUCCCGAUCUCUAUCUCGUCACGAGAAAUUCGCCGAACCUGUCGCAGGCCAUCUGGGAGAAUUUCCAGCCGGACCAGCUGUUCCCGGAGAGCGCUCAAGUUCCCUUAUUCCAGCAAUCCUCGCCCCAACAAACGCACCAGAGCGUCGAUCCGCACGUUGUGGCGCAGAUGCAGAACCAAAAUAUGCAAGGGCUGCCCGCCGAUGGCGGACAAACCUCCUUCGGCCCGGACGUGCCUAAGAGGGGGAAGGGCGGGAGCCCGCUGCAGCAGAAUUCCAUGCUGCAGCCCGGCAUGGCUGCUGGUUUCCAACAGGGCCAGGCCCAGCAGGGCGGCAAUAUGUGGCAAGGGUUCGAUACAUCCAUGGUUGAUGGGCAGAGCCCCAGCGACAGCUGGAGCACGGGCUCUGCCCAAGGCCAGGCCGUACCGGCGACCCUCAACGUGGAGGACUGGUUCCAAUUUUUCGGCAUUAAUGGCGACCCGAUGCAGAUGAGCCUCGACGGCAUGCCAUUGGGUUGACGGCGGGGUAGGCGCGCUAGAAAGGGGUGAAAGGGAUGCAAGGGCGCGUGGGAAAAGGGGUGUAUGCGCCGAUGCUGCGCAACCGAAGCCAACUGGCGGGAGAAGCAUUCUAAUAAGCAUCUAUUUG